AUGGUGACAAAUUCCAAACAAGACUUGCCUCGAUAUAGUAAGGGCUCAGGCUCAGACUCAGGCUCAGACUCAGAUUCAAGCAGUAGUUCUAAGGUGCAGUUUUCAUUAACUCCAUCUUCAAAAAGUGCAACUGUAGUUCUUAAUAGUGAAGAAUAUGAGGACGAUGAUGCUGUGGACGAUCUGGACAAAGAAUUGGCCAAUAAUAUAUUCUAUACCGGGGAUGAAGAUGAAACCAUGUUUGUAGGGUUGAAAGAAAGACAAAAAUUGCAUUUAUCUGGUGUUUUUCGCUUACAAAUAGUAAAGGGUGGUAUUGUUUACAACAAUGUGCACUAUAAUGCCUCUAAAGAGAUUUUAAAUUUCUGGCACCCGUUAUCACAAUCUAUACCUACUAUAGACUUUUCGCAUUUUGCAGGUUGGCAAGAUACAAUUUUCAUGCCGAGAAACAAUAGGUUUAACAUCAAAGGGGAGGAAUUCAAGCCAUUCCCGUGUGUUCUUCGUGUCUUUAAUUCAAACCACAAGGGCCUGUUAGAAGUUGGCCACUUAUACCGCGAUGUUAAUUAUCUUUGGAAACCAAAGGAAUCUUAUUUUCCACCAAACGAAAGGGCGACAUAUCAUUUAUUGCACGAAUCAGAUGAUGUUCAAUCUUUAUCUGUACCAAGGUAUUGGUCAACUCCAUUAGAAAAGCUGUACUUAAAUCAUAAGACUGCUACAUAUGACACAAGAAUUAUGGUACUUGGUGGUAAAAAUUCUGGAAAGUCGACUCUCUUAAGACUUUUAUUAGAAAAAUUUACGCAAGAUAUGCGGGAUUCUACGACAAACCAGGAAGAAUUAAUAUACCUGGAUUUAGAUCCUGGCCAACCUGAGUACUCGUUACCUGAUUCAAUUUCUUUGAAUAAGAUCAUUCCUGAACCAAUCGCUUUGGGACAACAUCUUUGCCAGAGUUCAAAUUUUCAAACUUUAUUACAAUUUUACAUUGGCUCCUCUUCCCCGCAAGACGAACCUUCAUCAUACCUAAACUACGUUGAUAAUCUCAUAGACUAUUUGGAGGAACAUGUUUUUUUCGGAACGUCUUUACUCAAUUUACCUGGAUGGAUAAAAGGAUUUGGAAUGCAAAUCUUGAAUCAUGUAAUAAGAAAAUAUAAGCCAACUCACUUAGUUUUCCUAGAGACGGCAAAUUCAAAAAGGCAUCUGGAUGAGCUUUUAAUUCCUCAAAAUUUUUCUACAUCACUACGGGAUUCAUAUGUACCUGAUGUUGUUCGUAUACCGGCCCAUAAUUUAAAUAGCACCUCACCUGCUAGGUUCCACGCGUCGCAACUUCGAACCCUCAAGGUAUUGGCAUUAUUUCAUAAACUGAAUCAAUUUGACUAUGAUUUUGCUCCGCUUCUGAAAUCUGCACCUUUACAAAUUUCAUACGGUAAUGAUAAAGGUGGCAUUGGAGGCAUUCAAUUUCCCAUGGAAUUUCGAAACCUGAAUCCUCAAGAUAUUAGAUCUUCAUUGGAAGGUACUGUAAUUGGGAUACACGCAUAUUUCAGAGAAAAUCUUCUAGACGUAAAAAAUUUAGACACAUUUCCUAUUUUACAAUCGUGCACCCCUUCCAUCAAGAAUUUUAUAACGUUAGGGUUGAUACAUUCCAUUGACACAUCGCAGCAAAUAAUGAACAUUUAUGUUCCCCCCUUUCAUUCACAGAAUCUAGAUAAACAAUCCCAAGAUAUACAAUGGAUAAUCGUGAGAAAUAAAACAGAAACGCCCUUCUGUGACUUACUUCCAUCUCCCCGCACAAUUACAUGGGAUGCUAGUAUACAAAUACCGUUUGCAACCUUCGAAAGAAGGAAGAAAUUGGAGCACGUGUGGAAAGUCCGUAAGAACGUUAUGAGACGUGGACAAUUCAUGAAACGAUAA